AUGAGGGGGAUGAGGCUGGGGAUGAGGGGGAUGAGGCUGGGGAUGAGGGGGAUGAGGGGGAUGAGGGGAUCAAGGGGCGGAAAGAUGCCCAAGGUGCUGGUAUGCGGCGAUGCACAAGGUAAUCUGGAUGAACUCUUCAAUCGCGUGGCAACCGUGAACGCGAAGAAUGGGCCAUUCGACAUGCUUCUCUGUGCCGGGGAAUUUUUCAGCAGCGCGGAUGUUGGAGGAGAGGACGAUGAUCAGCCCAACUAUGUCGACCAAGACCCUCUGAAGGAGAAGGAAUAUGUCACAGGGGCCAAGAAGGCACCUUUACCUACCUACUUCAUCUGCGGCAAGGGUAUAGCCCACCUGCGGUGGGUGGAGGAGGUGGCCAAGAACAUCUUCUUCCUAGGAAAUCACGGUAUUCGCGAGCUCCACGGCCUGAGGGUCGGGUACCUGUGUGGCUCGUACUCGAUGCAGGCAUCGGAGUCUCUGGAAACCAUGCAGUGGCCGCUGGGAGUGAACAACAAUCUCCAAGGUCAGGCGGCACCUGAUGGAGGCAAAGGGAAGAUGGGGACAAGUGUAGUCACCAGCGUUGCCAAGACCUUGAGGCCGAGGUAUCACUUUGCGGGAUCAGAAGGCAUCUUCUACGAGCGAGCUCCGUACGUGAACUCCUCCCCCAGUGAUCGGGAGGGAGCUGUGAAGCAUAUCACCAGAUUUCUGGGCAUCGCGCGUGUUGGGAAUCCGGAUAAGAAGCAACGCUGGCUGUAUGCCGCAAACAUCACGCCAGUGACGGAAAUGACAAUGGAAGCUCUCACUACAAGGCCUGCUAAUACGACUGCCUCCCCCUACGAAUCUGCUCCUGCCCCCACGUUUCAAGCGGGAGGAGACUUGCGGACCACCGGAGGGCGCGAGGGCGGGGGGGCAGCGCCGCAGGGAGCGUACAGCGAGACGAUCUGCCACGUGGCCAACUUGCCGUACAAAGUGAACGAGGACACGUUGAUGUUUGCUUUCGCUGGCUUCGGGGAUAUCUUGCGAGUUCACAUCGCCCGGGACCGAGAGACGAAGCGAGCGAGGGGCUUCGGGUUUGUGGAAUUUAAAGACAAGGAGGUGAAUUGA